AUGAAAGGUGGACCUUAUCCUGCAAAUGCAUUAACUAAUGUAAGAGUGAAAGCCUUAUUGGACAGUUUCAAGAAAAUAGAACACUGCGCAACCGUGCGGUGUUGCUCUUCGAAGCUUUGCACAUUAGAAGAAUUGAGCAUUAAUGUGCUUUUGACCGUCGUUAAUUCUAUCCUUUUUCGCAAGUACCCGAUGGUCAAGGGCGAUACGGGUGCCGUGAAGACCCGCUACUACGCUGGUGCGACGAUCUUCUGUCGUGACUGCCACGCUCUCGGCACGGUGGCGGUGCUUGACACGAAGCCAAGGCGGGAGGUGGAUCAGGAACUCAUCGACAUGCUGCAGCACUUGAGCUUUGUGGCAAGUGAAAAAAUAACGCAGAGUAUUAUCGAAGAAGAUAGCAAUAGCGAGUUUCUAUGA